CACCCAUUGCUUCCACUUCCUACUACCGGAGACUCAACUUUCCGGUGACCCUCAUGGCCUCCCUCGCUGCCACCACCGCCGCCUCCUCCCUCGGCGUCUCCGAGAUGCUCGGUAACCCUCUCAACUUCUCCGGCGCCUCCAGAACUGCUCCCUCCGCCUCCAGCCCCGCCACCUUUAAGACCGUCGCCCUCUUCUCCAAGAAGAAGGCUGCGCCAGCCAAGGCCAAGCCCGCCGCCGUUUCACCCGCCGACGAGGAGCUCGCCAAGUGGUACGGUCCGGACAGGAGGAUUUUCUUGCCAGAGGGUCUGUUGGACAGAUCAGAAAUCCCUGCGUACUUGACCGGAGAGGUUCCCGGAGAUUAUGGUUAUGAUCCUUUUGGGCUCAGCAAGAAGCCAGAGGACUUCGCCAAAUAUCAAGCAUAUGAACUGAUCCACGCCCGGUGGGCUAUGCUCGGCGCAGCUGGCUUCAUCAUCCCUGAGGCCUUCAACAAAUUCGGUGCCAACUGCGGCCCUGAAGCUGUGUGGUUCAAGACAGGAGCUUUACUCCUUGAUGGGAACACACUGAAUUACUUCGGAAAGAACAUCCCCAUUAACCUUAUUUUUGCUGUCGUCGCUGAGGUUGUUCUUGUUGGUGGUGCUGAGUACUACAGAAUAAUCAAUGGCUUGGAUUUGGAGGACAAGCUUCACCCAGGUGGUCCUUUUGAUCCUCUGGGGCUUGCAAAUGACCCAGACCAGGCUGCACUGCUUAAGGUGAAGGAGAUUAAGAAUGGUAGACUGGCGAUGUUUGCCAUGCUUGGCUUCUUCAUCCAAGCUUACGUUACAGGAGAAGGCCCUGUUGAGAACCUUGCAGCCCAUCUGAGCGACCCAUUCGGAAACAACUUGCUCACUGUUAUCGCUGGAACUGCUGAAAGAGCUCCUACCCUGUAAUUUUUCUUCUGCCCCAUCAACUCAAUUCUAAAUGCAUUGUACAUCUCAAUGAGACCUUUGAGGCAUUUAACCUUAAUCCCUUGUAUUUGAAAUUCCAACUAUUCCACUUCACAGACCCCUAGCAUUAUUCAUCAAUGGUGAGUUUAUGUGAUUAUGAGAUUUAAGUCUAA